AUGGCACCACCAAUAAAGAAACGAAGAAAAGCAAUACGAAUAGCAUUUGAUGAAGAAAAAGUUAAUUUACCUGAUGAAACUGAUUUCAAGGAAAGCAGCAUGUGGAAAGUUCAUCUGGAAAAUAUCAGGCGGAUGAGAAGUGAUCAAGAUGCUCCGGUGGACAUUGUGGGUUGUCAUAUGUUAGCUGAUGCUCUUGCUGAACCAAAGAUAUUUCGCUUUCAAACACUGUUAUCGUUAAUGUUAUCCAGUCAAACGAAAGAUCAUGUGACAGCUGCGGCCAUGCAUCGUUUACGACAACAUGGAUGUACUGUUGAUGAUAUGAUUAAAAUUCCAAAAGAAGAGCUUGAACAACUACUCAUUCCAGUUGGUUUUUACAAGAGGAAAGCUGUGUAUAUCAAGAAGGUGGCUGAGAUUUUGAAGGAAAGUUAUGACUAUGACAUACCAGAUACGGUGGAAGGCCUUUGCUCAUUACCUGGUGUAGGUGAGAAAAUGGCAUAUCUUGCCAUGCACUGUGCUUGGGAAAAAAUGGAAGGGUUAGGUGUUGAUACACAUGUUCAUCGUAUUAGCAACAGACUUGGAUGGAUCAAAACGACAAAUCCUAAACAAACUCGGUUAGCUUUGGAAGCACUGGUACCACGAGAACAGUGGCAAGAUCUGAACAAGUUGUUAGUUGGAUUUGGACAACAAACAUGUUUGCCGGUUUUACCCAAAUGUUCCAAGUGUCUUAAUAGAGAUAUAUGUGCAGCUGUAGGAGUCAAAAAAAAACGUUGA